CACACACACACACUCCUCGACGUCGCCCACUAAAAGCAAGGCGCCAAACCAUAGGCGCUGUGUCGUCGGGUAAACGGGCCCAAGACCAUUGUGUUUUUCAACUCCGUUGGUGUGAAGCCAGGAGUGUGUUGAGGUCAGCGAAGGAGGACAGGACAGAAAAGCAGCGACUGUUGUUGUGAGAGAGAUUCCGCUUGGAGAGAACGAAGAUGCCGCCCAUCAAACACCAAGUGGUUUCGCCUUCGGCGGGCAUCUCGUGCCACGCGUGGAACGCCGACAAGUCUAUGCUGGCGCUGUGCGCGAACGACAACCGGCUGCAGAUCUACGAGGGGUGCAACAGCCCGAGCUUUGCGUCCUGGCGCCUGGCCCACGUGCUGGAAGAGCACGACCUGGUCAUCUCCGGCAUCUCCUGGUCCCCCGUGACCAACAAGAUCGUCACCUGUUCGCACGACCGAAACGCCUUCGUAUGGUCCUACGACGCCGCGCAGGCCAAGUGGAAUCCGAUCCUGUGCGCCCUGAUGCUCACCCGCGCCGCCUUGGACGUACAUUGGAGCCCAUCAGGGACGAAGUUUGCGUGCUCAAGCGGGGCGAAGACCAUCGCCGUCAGUCGAUUGGACACUUCGCAAGGGAGCGAUUGGUACGUGAGCAAGCUCAUCAAGGGUCACAAGUCAACGGUCCAGAAGGUGGCAUGGCAUCCUAACGGUCUAGUACUUGCUACCGCGUGCACGGACUUCAAAUGCCGGGUUGUGUCGGCGGUGGUUGAGGAGGUGGAUACAAACCCCGACCCGAGACCGUUCGGGACUGUCAAGCCCUUCGGAGAGGCCUACCACCAGUUCUCUUGCGGAGGCUGGGUGACGGCGGUGGCUUGGUCGCCCUCUGGCUCCAUCCUGGCGUAUGCGGGUCAGGACUCGACCAUCCACUUCGUACACUUCGACCCCAGCGGGGCUGUUGGCGAGCAGAGGGUGAGGUACGCCCUCCUCCCCGUGUCCAGCCUGGCUUUCCUCAGCGAGAAGGCGGUGGUCGGGGGGGGGCACGACAUGAACCCCUUGGUGUUCACGGCGAACUCCUCCGGACAAUGGUCGUUCCUCCGUAGGCUGGACGAGAAGUCCACCGGUCCGGCGAAGGCGGAGGGGGCCGUGAGCUCCAUGUCCGCGGCGAGAGCGAUGUUCCAGGCCAAGACCACCCGGGGUCAGGCGUCCUCCGGCGGAGCGGGCAAGGACUUGUGGACACAACACGCCAACGCCAUCGUCGGCAUCGAGGGCAUGGGGCGGGCGGGAGACCCGACUUGUUCGAAGCUGUCGACGUGCGGCUUAGACGGAAGGCUGGUCGUCUGGGAGAUCCCCACCCUCGACAUCGACAUGCAAGCCCUUGGCCUGUAGGGCCUCGUGUGGGGGGCUGUUGCUGCGUAAGAACUCGACGCGCUGCCGGUGCAAGAGCUUGAACUCUGUGUUAGCCGACUUGUUGCGACCCGGAGGAACUCUUCGCUUUUCCCGUGAACCAGCAUCUCCUUGGUCCUGCUGGCAUGUUGGUGUUGACCCCCAUCAUGUGUGUGUUUUUUCACGUGUGCUCUGCAUACAUAGGCGUUGUACGGAUGGUUCGGCGAGAUGUCGACUAGAAAUUGCACUGCCCGUAAGUGACCGCCAGCUCCGGUGUGGAAACUGGCGCGCCAUCCUUUUCGCGAGGGGCUGGAUGAAAGUUCGGUGUUAGGGAUGCCAGCGGCGCCUUCCGUCGUGUUGUAUGGCCUCCUUCCGAGGGCUGGUUUUGUUCGUUGAUUUAUCUCCUGAAACUUUCGGCGGACACCCAGUUUCUUUUGCCAACGUAGGUUUCCUGACCUUGAGGAGGGCAUUAUGUCUGUGUUUGUGUCUUGUUAGAGGACCCAUCGUCGAUACAGCAGAAGUGUACCCGGAAAGUAUGCCAACCUGGCUUUAUUUUUCCUCUUUUUCGUCGUUCAUCGUCGGUCUCAGUCUCUCCGAGCUCCGGCACGGCUUUUCACCCCAGGGCUGAGCCUGAAACAAGCUGCUUCCUGGUUAGUGGUGUAAGGCCGGGGCGAUUAACUUGUACCUGCGGCGGUGGCGGGCUUGACGGCGAUCGGGUGUUCCGUACGGGUGGCGGUCGACCCCCUUGAACCCCCCGAUGCAAGUGGCAAUACAUCACCUUCGGCCCCUCUCUACAACAGGGGGAAGGGGAAGAGUCAGAUUCUGUAAGAAAAGCGAUAAUUUUCACUAUUUUGGGAAUGAAUGUUGUACAUGCAUGUCUGUUACGUUUCCCCCCUGUCCGUGAGGCCAAAAAGGUAGAACGAAAUCGUCAACGUCGUAUCGAUCGGGUAAAACUUGGGCAACCUUCUCAACAAUGCCGAUCGAGAGGGCUAAAUGCUGCCCCACCAGCAGCGUGGAGUUCGCCAAGCAAGGCGAAUUUCGGAGUUUCUGUGUUUCUUUUUCUUGCUGCUGUGUGUUGUUUCAUGAUGCGUGAGUGCGGCGAUGAUAUGUAGACUCGUGGUAGACGAUACGCCAGACGACAUACAGCGUGGUGGGUGUAUAGCACAAGCCGAGCACAAGCAUGUAUGAUCAUGGGCCAUCAUCAUGAGGUCCAAGAAAAGCUUGAGAAUAUGUGAAUACUUACACAAGGGUAGUGUACCGGCUGUGCGAUCAGUGUACGCAGAUAGGCAGGAAGAGAGCCGUGUAAACUCUUGCACCUCUGAUAUUUUUCAAAUCAGCAAGAUCGUGUUACAUUAUAUGCCACGCA